UUUACAACAAAGUUCCACAACCGCCGACAGCCAGACGCGCGUCUUUUUUUAACCAGUGUUUUAUGCUGAUAUUACGGUGUUAAUUUAGUCCCAGAUAGUGGAAAACACUAACUAAGUCGAAUCAGCACACGUUUUUUUUCCCUAAGUUCACCAUGGAUCGACGCCUGAGACGCCCUCGUCGCACGGACGAAGUGUCCAGCGGUCCAAUUUUACCACAAUCCACUCAGCCUAGCCUUUUGCCGGUUACCCGGCGUGCGGGAUCCCUCACAGCAGCCGCUAAUGCAGCCAGCGGUCCAGCCUUGCGGACACGUGCCUCCCCUUCGCGCAACAAGGUCACCGUAGCUGCACCACCCUCACCAGAACUCGGGCCCCGCACCCGUCGCUCCAGUCGCCCGAGGUCAUCAGUGGGUCCACUCACGGGAGCGGGACCAGGAUCCGGUUCCUCAUUGCCCGUCAAGGCCGCCAUCAAGGCUCGCACGCCCAUCCCAGAGGUUCCAGAGAUACAGUCUCCAAUCCGUCACUCGAGUAGCAGUCUGCCCACGACUUUGACUACAAACACAUCCAGCGGAGCUCCGAAUAAAUCCUUCAACACAAGCUCCGUGAACAGCGGCAACAAUUAUAGCCGCACCACAACAACCAGCUCCACCACAACCACGGAGCGCAUCGAGAUCCGUGCCGAGGGCGAUAGCGAGGUGGACACGGACUCCAUUCGCAAGCGCAUUACCGAGCGACUCCGACGAUCGGUGUCAAAGACUAUCUCUAAUUUGGCUGGAACACCAGUGACAAACACCGAAGAAGGUAGCCGAUACAGUCGGAGUGUUUCACGAUCCGUUUACGACGAUGAAAAGUCCUCGAAGCGAAGUUAUUCCACCGGAGAAGAGGAUAUCGAGGAGGAGGAUGAGGUCGAAGAGGAUGAAUUCCGCAGCUUCAAUGUUACCCGAAAAUCAGCUACACCGGCGGAAACAUCUUGCCGUCAGUUGAAGGCUCCCCGAGAAUUCGGAGGCUGGCUGGGUGCCUUCCUGCUGUUGCUCCUGCUGCCCACAGUCGUCUAUUAUCUCACCUGGAGCUGCACGGCCCGAAAUGCCUGCCAGUUUAAGCACCUCAAUCUGAGUAUUCUGCUGGAUGUGAACUAUCUAACACGCCAAGUGUUCCAGCCUCGCGUGGUUGGUGCCUUUGCCGCCUACCAAGUGGUGGUCUUUCUGCUGGUGGCCCUGUUGCCAGGACGAAGGGUUCAUCUCACCCGCGAGACCUACAAGUUCAACUGUCUGGCGGUUUCGCUUACCCUUCUGAUCGCUGGUGGAGUUGCCGAAUACCUGAAGUACCCAGUGGUGACCUUCGUUUUGCGUCACUAUCUGCGUUUCUGUAUUUUCGGACUCGUUGGAGCCUUUGUGGCAGCUGCCUGGAGUUACUGGCUGGUGGACACCGCCAAGUACAAUGUUCUUCGCCAAACGCUGACCAAUGAUUAUGGCAGGACUGGCAGCUUCGUGGUGGACUUUGCAUUGGGCAGACAACUGAAUCCCAAGUGGCUGGGACGUGUGGACUGGAAGCAGUAUCAGUAUCGCCUCUCUUUGAUCACCACUUUGCUGUAUGCCGCAUGCUACAUUUACCAGACGCUCGUUUGGCCCCAAAAGCCGCAGCUGGCAGAACAGCAAGGAUAUCUUCCCCUGGUCAAAUACUACUGGACCAAUGUGAACUAUGAUGCGGGUACUUUGCUCUCCGCCGGCUGUUUGCUGUUCUACGUGCUGGACGCCAUCAUUUUCGAGCACCAUUUGAGCUCGUCCUUUGAGUUACAACACGAGGGAUAUGGUUGCCUGCUGCUCCUGCGUUACGCAGCCACUCCUUACCUCCUGACGUCGGUUACCAAGUAUUUCUACGAACAGCGCGUACCCAUCUCCUGCUGGUAUGCUCCGUUGGGAGUUGGUGCUCUGCUAACACUGGGAUUGCUGGUGAAGCGUUUCAGCUGCGCCUACAAGUACAAGUACCGGCUGAACUCGCAGAGUCCGAUCUUCGCCAACAUUGAGACGAUUCACACGUACCAGGGAAGCCGUCUGCUGCUGAGCGGGAUGUGGGGAUGGGUUAGGCAGCCGAAUUACCUCGGUGACAUCCUUGCCCUGCUGGCUUUGGCUGCUCCAAUGGCCCUGCGUCCUGCCUGGCCUCCUGUUUUGGGUCUCAGCUUGAUCGUCCUGCUGCUGCUGCAUCGCGCCACUCGAGCGAACGCCAGGAAUCAGUCGCGCUAUCACUCCUCCUGGCAUCGCUACAGCGCCCAGGUGCGCAGCUAUAUCCUGCCCAGGAUCUACUAAGGAGUGGCCUCUCGGAUUAGUUGACUUUUUAUUUUUUGUGGCCAUUUUUAUUUCGAUUUCAGUUUGUUUUUUAUUUAAUGUUUCGAAUUUUUGUAUAUAUAACUACGUAUUCAUAUGAUUUUAGACCAUCAACAUGAACCCAUCCUCAUUGAUUUUAGUACAAAAUUUGAUUUUACUCUCAAACAGACAAACAUUUAAGACCACGAAUUUUCACCCACAUAAGCUUAGAUAAAAAAACCCCAAAAUAUCUAGCUGUACGAACCUUUGCGCUUAAGAUCUAGACACCUUAAUUAUUCAAUACUUAUUAAUCUAUAUGGUAUACAUAUAGGUAGUACUUUUUAUACUUAAAUAUGAAAUAAAAAAAUUUUAGUUUCUAUGCUAUAAAGAAACGCA